AUGUUGCAGCUGGGUACCCUAGCCCCGGCGUCUUCAUCAUCCUGCUUGAAGCGAAAGCCGAGCGAGGUCAUCGCGGCAGCGCGGCAGCCGGGUGGCCUCACGGCUCCAUCUCGCAGUCAGCUGGACAACAUGACGUGCCGGAUAGUGUCGUUUCAGGAUAUGGGAGACUACACCCACCAGGUGGAUUCGGUCGUCCCGGUGGAAGAGCCACUUUUCAAGGCAACUCCGCCGGAGAUUCGGUUCGCAAACUUUGAAAGCUUGCAGAACCUGGACGCCACCCUCUGCUUGCGCAAUCAAGACAACGUGGCCCGAAGGGUCAAGAUCCUGCAUCUCGGUAGCAUCGAAGAAGUUUUGCCAGGCAAAGGCCGCAAAAUCAACGGAGAUGGCGACAACAAGGUCGCACCAGGGAUGGAGGUUUCGUACACAGUACGCUUUACCCCGGAUCAGCAGGUUGAGGACUACUCCUACGACCUCGUCGUUGUGACAGAGCGGGAGCGCUUCAUCGUUCCCAUCCGGGCGACCGGGUGUAGUGCCUUGCUCGACAUGCCUGACGAGCUGGACUUCGGCGUGUCGCCGGUGAAGUUUGAGUCGCCCAAGACCAUCAUGGUCCGGAACGUGGGCGAAAAGGCCACCAAGUUCUUGCUGAAGGUGCCACCACCUUUCAGCACAUCAAUCCAGGAUGGGUACUUGGAGGUUGGCGAGAUUAUGCAGGUGGACGUUGUGUUCAGACCUGACAAAGCUGAGCAGUACGAGCGAGACUUGCUCAUUCUUUAUGGCGAUGGAAUUGAGGCUUAUAUGGCCCUGAAGGGGCAAGCAGAGAACGUGUCUGUGACCUUCUCGGCCAAUCAGCUUCAGAUGGAAGACACUUUCAUUGCGCUUUCAACCCAGAAAGCAAUUGUCAUCCACAACAACUCGGAGAUCCCUGUGGACUUUAGCUGGCGGGCUUUCCCUUCUAUACAGGAGGAGAUUGGCCAGAAGCUCAAGCUCCAGGUCCAGCUCAAGCAGGAGGAGAGUGACGAGGCAGCAGCGCUGCAGGAGUUGAGCUCCAUGGGCGAAGACUCCGACGAGGAGUCUCAGCUUUCCGAGUCUUCAGACGAGUACAUGACCAAGUGCUCCUCGCUGAAGGGCGUGGAGCUGGCACAUGGGGCGCUUCAAAGACGAUACAAAAACAUCGCGAAGGCGAUUCUGGAGGACCCAAUGUUUUUCUACGACGAGAUUUUUGCGGUUGAGCCGCUGUCCGGCCGUAUUUGGGCGAAGUCCAAGGUGGCCAUCACCUUCACUUUCACGCCGAAGGCGGCUCUGAACUACCAAUGCCUGGCUUAUUGUUCCAUUGUCGGUCGCGCUGAGCGCUUGCCGCUCUUACUCAAGGGAAUUGGGAUUGGGCCCAAGGCUGCCUUCUCCUAUGAUGAGCUAGAUGUUGGCGACAUUUUUGUGGAGUCUGUCCACCAGUACGAGGUCAACUUGAUCAAUCAAGGCGACAUUGAUGUAGAGUUCCGGCUGGUGCCGAACACCUCGCCUUUUGGCUCGAAGUUUGCCUUCACGCCAAGUGAUGGCCGCUUGGAAGUUGGUGGCCAGUGCACCAUCGUGGUUGAGGUGUGCAGGCGCCUGAGCCCGGAUCUUCUCGGGGAGUUCCAGGAAACAUUCUACUGGGAGCUGGUAGGAAGCACCUCCAAGAUAGCACUGGGCUUUCGGGGCCAUUCCGUCUCUCCCACUUUCCACUUCGACUUGGACCGCAUCUCUUUUGGUGUAGUCAGCUACGGCUUUCUCAACUCCAAGACGCUCACGCUCACGAAUACCUCAGAGGUUCCGAUGCGGUUCGCUCUGCGCAUUCCGGGGGAUGGGCGAAGUAACCAACGUGAGUUCGAUGUGAUACCACCGAAGGGCACUCUGUUGCCGAAUUGCUCUCAGAAGAUCCAAAUCGACUUCGUUAGCCUCAACGUCAAGUCGUACGAUCUUUGUUUAGUGGUGGAUCUCGACGGUGUCGGACAGGUGCUGAACAACACCUCAGCCUUGCCAGCAAAGUUUCAGAUCAUGCCCCAGGACGAUUCGACGAAGCUUGGUGGCUACGCUACAGUAAAGUCCAUUGCAGAGUUUGAGCCGGAUCAGUCCUUCGGAUCAGUCCUCACCUUCACGCUCACUUCGCAAGUGAUAGGAACGCUGCAGAUUCCGAUCACCAUCCGGAUUCUCGGGCACAACUCGGCCAAUACGGUGAUCUUGAUUGCCAAUACGAUUGGGCCUAUCGUCAACAUUGAGCCAAGCGUCGUGGAUUGGGGCAAUUCCCAUUGCUUGGAGCCCAUCACGCGGUCUGUCUUGGUCAGCAACAACUCCGUGAUCCCAGCGUCGGUUCGCUGCAUCAUGAAGACCCGGAACUCGCUCUGGACGUUGUCUCCGAAGGCCAUGGAGCUGCAACCCCACGAGUCCGCAUACCUGUACAUGACGCUGACCAUUGACGAAGUGGCCAAGAUGACAGACAUCGCGCAUGUGAUCGUGCACGAGAGUAACGACGUCGCGGUGACGGUACGUGCCAAAGGGAUUGGCACGCCUGUGACCUGCAAGGAGUCGCUCGAGCUCAUCGACUUCGGUACGCAGUACACGACUCAGACGCACUCGAGGGAGGUGGUGAUCGAAAAUCGCGGGCGCCAACCGCGAAAGCUAGUUUGGACGCUCGAGCUGCUCGGCGAGAAGGAGGUUUUGUCGACCAGGUCAGAAGAAACCAAGAAGAAGGACCGAAAGACACCAACGAAGGACAAGCCGGCGGAAGAAGGCGAUGCUCGAAUCUUCUCGGUAGUCCCGGACACCGUGCAACUCGGCUGCACGUACCGAAAGGCACGCCCGGUGCAAGACCUCUUUUGUGCUCUUGGCUUGUCUUUUUGCUCCGUCGGCAUCUGUGGCGACCAGGCCGGGAAGGGUAGGGAGAGUUGGGCACCCAGCCAUGGAAGCACUUGGGUCAUGCCGAAGCCAUCCGGCCGAGACUGGAGUGAUCCUGUCGAUGAUGACACUUUCGACACCUUGGCGCGUCCCGCCCGGCCUUCGCAAGCGAGUCCGCCGAGACCCUCUCGUCCUUCGCGACACUCGCGAAGGUCUAAUGACAGCCCCAAGUCGCAGCGUGUCAGUGAGAGGUCGCUGCAGCCAGCAAGGGCACAGGCAGACUCCUACAAGGACUGGAGACAGGCACAGGAAGAGGCCGCCCGUGCCAUUCGGGCGGUGGAGCCGUCCAAAAGGAAGAAGACGCGCUUCUACAGUCGGCUCCGGGUCUGCCUCGUCGUGUGCUUCGUGGCCGGCUACGUUGCCUUGGUCGCGGUCCUUGUCUCGGCCAUUCUGUCCGAAAGGGGUGCACUUGGGGAGACCGGGUCGGAAUGCGAGAAGCUUUGUCCUCUGAACACCCGGUGCCGGAUGGAAGAGGGCGAAGCUCGUUGCGUGGCUUUGCCGGGGAGCAACCUGGAGACGAUGGAGCUGAUUCUGUGGAUUGUGGUCGGGCUACCCUCUUUGAUCUGCAUCCCCUGUCUUUUUCAAUGGCUGCUUCGCAGAUGUUGCCCCAAGUGCUGGGAGAAGACGGUGAAGUCACGGUGGGGCUCGGCGGCCUAUCAAGCCUAUCAGGCCGACACCGAGGCCUUGGGAGCCAUGCUCGGCAAGCCGCAACCGGCCGAGGCCGCCGAGACCUCCGAGACCUCGGAGAACCCGGGAGCCGGCGAAGCCUCGCCGGCUCGGAGUUCCAAAGCUACGAAAGAGGUCCCGAGUCAGGGCAGCAGUGCGGAGAUCGGCAUCGAAGACGGCUUGAAUGACCUCUUCGCGCCACUGGCAAAGAGCCGCCCUCCCAGAGCCUCUGCAGCGGAGGAGGAGGAGCUGGACCUGCUCUUUGCGCGGAAGCCGAAGCCUAAGGAGGAGGAGGGGGUGCCCGUACGGGGGCCACCGAAACCUCCCUCCACCGACCUGGAGUCGGCCUUCAGCCAUCUCUUCCACAAGCGAGCGCGACUGCCGAAGCCGCAGCCAAAGUCAGCUGCGGUCUCAACUCCCGGUUCCGCGCUGCGCUCGGAUUUCUCGGCGGGGAUGAGCGUGCUCUUUGCCAACGUGCAGAGCUCCAAGGCUAAGCGGUCGACUUGGGAAGCCGAGGAUCCGGAUCCGCAGUCGCAGUCCACCGUCAUCGAGGCCUCCAGGGUGCACAGCGAAGCUCCCGCAUGUGGUGGAGACUUUCUUGACCAAGAUCUGGGGGACCCGCCAGAUUUCUUUGCUUUUGCUAAGCUUGUAGCCGGAUCUGUGGAUGCCGCUAGAAGCCAUCUGCACGAUAGCGAUGCUGCGAGUGAUUCCGGCGACUCCCUCGGGCAUCUAGAGCCCAGUGACCUGUUGGAUUUGUUUCACCCGUUCUACUUUCUUGGGAUGAAGGGUGUGGAGAAGUGGGAUUGGGUUGGUUGGUUCCGUGGGGCCACUUCUUUGACUUUGGAUGGGAAAUGCGCCUUUCGCUUCGUCUUCAACGCCUCGAGCCCGAAGCCUGGCGCGCUCUCGGACACCUUGGUCUGCACCGAGCUCUGCGGCAACGACCGGAAGGGCAAUGCCAUCUACAAGACCGAGCUUCGAGGAAAUUUUGUGCUUCCACUGUUGGAGCUGUCCGCCACGUCCGUUUCCUUCAGAUAUCUGUGGGAGCGCAACUGCCCGCUGCACCCGCUCUCCGAGCCGUUGGCACCUCUGCCAGAUUGUGCUCAAGAACAUCUCUCCGUUGGAGGCGAUGGCACGGGAUUCCAGGGUUUGUCCAGCAGUUGGAGCUUUCCGCCGCCCAUCGUGGUUCUAGAUGGCUUGGACCAUCGGUUCAGGCGCCGAUUCUCCCUGGCCAGAAGGAGCUGGCAGCUGGCCGCGCUUCUCCUGGCGCUCUGUGUGCGGAAUGGCCUGGCGCUGAUGCUGCCUGGGGGCAUCAAGCUGCCCCCUCCGGCCCCGCUGGCAAUGCGGCAGAGGACCACAAAGCUGCGAGACCCGGAAACAGGUUUUCGGCGAGCACCGCCCAAAGAAGCUGACUUUGCCCUUGAUAUCUUCCAGCGGACGUUUCCUCGAGUCAACACGGAGGAGCACAUCCUUAUCCGCCGAUGGGAGGAUAUGGUAGACAUCUUCCAAAGCCCGGAACUCGUCAACCAGCUGAUAGAGGAUGAGCCCUCGAUCCUCCGAAUGCCUCGGCGAACUGCUCGGAACGCCCUCCACCUCCUAAGCAUCUACUUGGGGGAGGAGGCGGCGAAGGAAGCGGUCUUCGAAUGCCCAUACCUCCUCACGAAGAACUCGAAGCUCAUGCGGGCAACGCUCCCGGCGCUCAUCAACGUGCUGGGAUCCCGGAGUCGGCUGCGAGAAGUCAUCGCCAAGUAUCCUCAGCUGACCAAUCUGCCUGUGGGCGACUUCUACAAGGCGAUGGGCGACAUGACCGCGGUAAUGGGCAGCACGGAGGCAGCCAUGGCCGUUGCCAAAGAGGCCAUGGACCGUGUGGCUCGCUCUCCCUACGUCUCUGCAGUGCCAGGAGGUUACCCCGUGCUGGUCGCCAUCUUCGGGAACCUGGAGGAGGCGCACAAAGCCAUAGCCCAGGAGCCGCUGCUGCUGAAGUGGUAUGGUGAGAACUUCUUGGGCCGGCUGGGAACCCUUCGCCAGCUCCUGGGAAAGGAGGGAGCCCAGAAGGCCGUGAGGAAGGCGCCCUACCUUCUGCUAGAGGAGAACCAGCGCAAGUCUCGAAAAUUCGAGUUGGCUUUCGAAGCCAUAGAGAACUUGUUUGGUACCGAGGAAGCCCAACAGAUAGUCGGAGAUAGGCCGGAGCUUUUGGCCCUUGGGUGGAAGCUCCACCGGGCCCUGCGCUUCGCAGAGCGACGCUUGGGCUCCCGAGAGAAGGUCCGUGACAGGUUCGAUGCCAUUCUGGAGCGCACUGGCUUGGCUGAGCACCUGAACUGGGAGCGGAAGCAGCGGCCCCGCAAUGGCCUCUGGACCCCGAAGCUGCGGAUGCACAACGGCUACCCGUUGAACCACGGCCCCUGGUCACCCUACACGAACCCUUUGGGUAAGGGAGGCCCCGCUCGGGGGCCUUGGCAAGACUUCACGGAGGAUGAGGACAAAGAGGAAGACACUGUCGAAGAGAAAGUUGCUGCAAGCUGA